CCUACAUUUUCUGAUGACAGUGAAGGCAUCACACAGGAUUCUUCAACCAUACCGCUGUCACCGCCUACCCAUGAAAACACUAGACUUACUGAAGAGAGUCUCACCACAGGUCGCCGUUAACCUGUGCAAUUUCGCAAAUCUUUCAGCUUUUCGACAACAAGAGUUAAGAACCCCGGGCCGGUUGAUCGACUCUAAAGUUGCUCUGAUCCUGAGAGACCUUGCUGCUUUCCCUUUUUAAAUAUCCAGAGGAGCUUGGACUCCCUCUGAAUGAAAGACGCACCAUGUGUCAAAACUGGAGACAUUUUCCUGCUGCCCAGUAGACGGACAGUCAUUGCGUGAAUCUUGCCCUCUUCUUAGAGGCCUCUCCAAACCCUCCACAUUGCUCCCUGGCCAAGAUGAAGAAUGUGGAGAGAUGGUCAGCUGAGGAGGUUUCUGACUGGCUGAUCAAAGAGGGGAUGGCGGAGUAUAGUGAUGCGCUGCGUCAGACCGAUGGCCCUGCUCUUCUCAGGCUCACAGAGGCAGAUUUUCGGGACCAUUCCCUGUGGGUGUCUUCCGACGGUGGACAGCAGCUGUUGCAGCGAGUGGAAACACUCCGGAUAGAGACGCAUAUCGAAGCUCACAAAAAUGGCCACGCCAAUGGGCAUGUUGUAGGGAUACCCAAUGGAACUGUAAAACCCCAGAGGAAUGGCACGCUGGAUAGGAAGGACUUUGGGAAGGAUAUGGUCCAAAUUCCCAUCCCUACAGUGGAAACUACACGCUCCUCAUUCCCUACAGAGUGGAGGAAGACAGGCAUAGCAUUCAUCUAUGCCGUUAUCUGCUUUGUCACCACCUCUGUUGUCAUUUCAGUUGUCCAUGAAAGAGUUCCUCCAAAAGAGCACACUCCACCACUGCCUGAUAAGUUCUUCGACCUUUUUGACAGGGUGGAGUGGGCCUUCUCCAUCUGUGAAGUUAAUGGCCUGUUGCUGGUUGGACUCUGGCUCAUACAGUGGACUCUGCUCAAGCACAGGUCAAUCAUAGGCAGGAGGUUCUUUUUCAUUGUGGGAACGCUCUAUCUGUAUCGAUGUAUUACAAUGUACAUCACAACACUUCCUGUUCCUGGGAUGCACUUUAAAUGCUCCCCAAAGCUUCUUGGGGACUGGGAGGCACAGAUGAGGAGAAUAAUGAAAAUGAUCGCAGGUGGAGGGUUAUCCAUCACAGGGUCCCACUCCAUGUGUGGAGACUACCUUUACAGCGGUCACACUGUCAUGCUAACGCUCACCUUUCUCUUCAUAAAAGAGUAUUCUCCCAAGCGCUACUGGUGGUACCAAUGGUUGUGUUGGACCUUGAGUGCUGUUGGGAUUUUCUGCAUCCUUUUGGCCCAUGACCACUACACAGUGGAUGUGGUUGUGGCAUAUUUCAUCACUUCUCGUCUUUUCUGGUGGUACCACACCAUGGCCAAUCAGCAGUCGCUAAAGGAGUCCUCGCAGAGUAACCCGUUCUCACGGGUUUGGUGGUAUAGACUGUUCCAGUUUUUUGAAGAGAACGUGAGAGGCACAGUUCCCCGGAGCUAUCAGCUGCCGUUUUCAUGGCGAGCGUUGAAUUUGAAUCAUGUUGUGAAGUACAGAAGACUGGAGAGUCAGUGACCCCUUUCAAGUGAAAGAAAGCAAGCGAGGACCGUGACUUAUAAGUGCUAUUUUAUAAUUCCCAGAAGAUGGCGCUGUCCGUAGCACUGUCCUGUCAUCCCUGUCCAAAUGAGUAGCACUGUGAUCGUCACGGUUUGAUUAUCUUCCUUCCUGCCGUCCAUUAUUUUUUUUCUUUUGGUAACAUCAGUAAACACAGAGCAUUUAUUUAUUUUGUUUUAAGUUCAUCCUCACAUUUCUGCUUUUCCAGCAGACUUUGAAACAUUUCACCCCAUUUGUUUCCCAGCACAGAACCAUCUGAUGUUCUUCAAGUUUCCUUUUGUCCCCCCGUGUGGCUAUAAUCUAAAAGACGCUUAUUAGAAUAAAAUGCCAUAAACAGUACUUUUUUUAUUUAAUAACUUACUUUUAAUAUAUUCUCCUUGCUAAAUUGAAUCAAAGGUGCAAAAAAAAGUAUUUUUUCUAAAUAUGUCAAAUUUUAUUUUUCAAAAGUAUAAUGUUCUCCAAACAAGAAGAUUUUUAGAUUUGUAUCUUUUUCCAGGAUGGAUACAGGAGAGCUCAAGAACCUCAUGUAGUGUUACAUUACUCCAGUGCCUUUCUUCGCUUGAUUGUGAAACUGUUUCAAGUACUAUAUGUCCUGUGUCUUGCUGAUGCGGUGUACUGCUGCACCGCUGCACAGUCGCAGUCUCGUUCCUAUGAAUGUAUUAUACAACAAAUACACUAGCCUUACCCGAGUAUUGGGCUUCCCAGACGUAAGUGAACUGUCCCGUUAAUAGAUGCUUUAUGACGUCCGUUUGUGCUCGCGUGAUUAACGCUGUUUUAACUGAAAGAAACGACUGUUAGUUGUACUCUAUGUUGAUUUCAGCCUGUCGGUCUUUCACCUCCAUCCGCCACGUUCAAACUCGGAACAUUGACAUUUCCGUGAGCUGCUAAUUUUACUUCCCAAAACAAAGUUAUCUUAAAUAUUCACUUCCUCAUAGGACAUCUGAUCAGGAAAACGUCUCCAAGGUGCAGAGAUAAGAGUUGUUAUUCUGGACCCGGACGUGCCUCAUGAGUCACUAUAACUGAGCCCCUCUCUGGCUCCUCACAUGAAGCGCCAGGCUGAAAUAAAAUCAGCACCAUCUUGGCUUAUGGUUAAAUCCUUUUUUUGAAAGUUGAAUGUAAAACUUGCAUCUAUGGUAUGAAAACAAAAGCUUCAGGCCAAGUUUCUGAGUGCGUCUGGAAAGAACUUAAUGGUUUUUACCUUGUAUUUAAGCCGCGGAUUAGAAGACGAUUGCCUUCUGUUCAAAAGCUAAAAUGAUCUUCACUCAGUCUGCGUUUAUUUGUGGGAGGAAGCUUAUCAUGCUGGUGCACAGAACAGAUCAUUUAUCCAUAAAUGUUUAAAAAAUAAUGUUUCUUCAUGUAAAAAUAUGUUUAUAUUGUUUCAAAGUCGGAUAGAUUUUUUUUCCUUUUGUGUAAGUGACUGAACCAUAUGGAGUAUUACACUGGUAUAGGAAAAGAUGUAAGUCAGCCUUUAAUUUCUAGCUAAAUUCAGAAACCAAGUGCACACAUUUGAAGAUCUGAAAAUCUAAACCAUGAUAAUGUGAUCAAAGUGAAAAAGGUGAGAAAUUGUGAUCAUUUUAAAAGGGAGCUUAUGAAGCAAUCAAGGGGAACCUCAAUGAGGUGGUCUGAGAUCUGUAGCUUUCAUUGAGAACAUUUUCUCACCUUUUACGAGCGAGUGUGGCUCCUCGGCGCAUACGGCCGUGUUUUAACAUCUGAUGGAGUUUGCUCCAGCUGGCUCUGAUUUAAUUUAAAGUGUUGAAUCGAGACAUAGUUCCAUUUUUAGUGUUUGUUUUUGUGCAAGAGAAAUCAAAGUUGGCUAGCGUGUAUGCAUCUUUCUGUAAAGUUCUUUAACUUUAUCUCCUUAUUUGUGUGUUAACCAGAUAUAACUAAAGAUUUCUCUUUGGAAUGUUUUUGAAUAAAACGUUUUGCAGUCUAA